CUGACGGCAACUAUUGAUAGAGCAGAUUCUAAGGACUUCAGACAACUUAUGCUCACUCAAAUAGACUGAGUGUAACAACAAGGCACAUUUCCACGUGCUAGUACCGCCAACAUCCUGAAUUAUUCCUUCACUGCUCUUAUUUUCUACGGUAUUAGGCUUCAUAUAGCUCUCAGUAUACCUCAACAUGGCUUGCUCCCAUGUCACCUCUGAAGAAUUAAGACAGCCAACUGCAUCGCAAGUUGUAUAUAGAGAAGACUGCACACAGUGUUUCGACUCCAUAGAUGAGGACCAGGGUCUGAAUGUUUGUCUAACAUGCUUCAAUGGCGGUUGCGCAGGCGAUAGGAACCAUGCCCUCCUUCACUUCGAACGAUCCGGUCACCCACUGGCGCUCAACAUCAAAAGAUCACGUAAAGAGGUCCAGCGAGACGAGCCUCCACAUAAGAUUUCGAAGCUUGCAAUUGCUGCCGAAACAGAUGAGGAUCGGUAUUGUACGAGAACACAUGUUGUCUGUUAUUCAUGCCGCCAGGAUGAUGUCGACGCAUCCAGUGGUAAGCUGCCAGCUGUAAUUGAUGGUGUGAUGAAAGCGAUGACCUUCUCCAAGAGAGAAGAAGUCAAGGCCUGGGAGCAGGAGUUUAUUCCUUGCGAACAUACAAUCGGUUUGGUCCAGCGAGAAUCCAGGCAGAUUGAGUCGAAAGAUCUUGUCCAGUGUUCCAUGUGUAAUUUGAAAGAAAACCUUUGGCUGUGCCUAGAAUGCGGUAAUCUUGGCUGUGGCCGCAGUCAAUUCGGGGGCGUUGGGGGCAACUCGCAUGCUCUUGCGCAUUCUGACAUGGUAACUCAUCCCGUUGCAGUGAAACUCGGUUCGAUAACCGCAGAUGGAUCAGCAGAUAUCUAUUGCUAUAGAUGCAACGAGGAAAGGACAGAUCCCAACCUAGCUACUCAUCUUGCCCAUUGGGGCAUCAAUCUGGCAGGCCGUGAGAAGACGGAGAAGAGCUUGAUGGAAAUGCAAGUUGAGCAAAAUAUGAAAUGGGAAUUUUCGAUGACCUCUGAGGAUGGCCAAGAACUCACUCCGGUGUUUGGCCCAGGAUUGACCGGUCUGACUAACUUAGGAAACAGUUGCUACCUCUCCAGUGUCAUUCAAUGCCUUUUUGAUCUACCCGAGUUCCAGAAACGAUAUUAUCAUCCGAGUACGGAGCCACCACUUUCAGAAAAGCCAGCGGAGGACCUCGAGACCCAGCUGCGAAAGGUCGCAGAUGGCGUUCUUUCUGGGAGAUACUCUAGGCCCGAUAGCAACAUCAAAGCUUCGCCUGAUUCAGCGCAAGUUCCACACCAAAGAGGCUUGGCACCGGCUAUGUUUAAGCAUCUUGUCGGGCGUAACCAUGAGGAAUUUUCUACGAUGAGGCAGCAAGACGCCUUCGAGUUCAUGAUUCACUUCUUUAAGCAAAUCAACCUAUCAAAGCACCCCCAGGGGCAGGGUAACCCAAUCGCGUCAUUCGGUUUUACAAUGCAACAGCGUCUUCAAUGUUCGCAAUGCAGAAAAGUUCGGUACAAAUGGGAUGAGCAGGACAACAUCUCCAUCCCCGUUCCUGCUCGUCGUAUCUCUGCAGAAAAUUCCGGCUCUACCAACAAGUUUGGUAGUGUGACUUUACUAGAAUGCCUGGAUGCCUUCACAGCCGAUGAAGUUGUUGAACUCAGCUGUCCCUCAUGUGGUGGCACAGACGGAUUUAUUAAACACUCUUCGUUCAAGACGCUGCCGCAGAACCUGGCCAUCAAUGCGCGGAGGUUCGAGCUGAUAAAUUGGGUUCCUACAAAGCUGGACAUACCGGUACAAGUUGACGAAGAGCCGAUAGAUCUCAGCCCUUACAUCUCGUCUGGGCCAGAAAAGAAUGAAGAACUUCUCCCUGAUAUUGAGGCACCCGAGAGAUUAUUUCGGCCGAAUGAAAAUGCUAUGCAGCAGCUUCUCGCCAUGGGUUUCCCUCAACCAAGGAGCGAGAGGGCGCUUUAUAUGACCGGCAACUCAGACCCCGAGGCUGCUAUGAAUUGGCUCUUUGCUCAUAUGGAGGAUCCCGAUGUAGAUGAGCCGCUCGAUAAAACGAUUUCUAAUGGUCCAAGAGGCCAGCAGGAUCCAGCAAGUGUGGCGCAGUUGGCCGAAAUGGGCAUCAAUGAGAAUCACGCUAGGAGGGCAUUAGCAGCGACGGAUGGUGAUCUCAACAGGGCGAUUGAUUGGGUGUUCACGCAUCCGGAGGACUCGCUAGAGAUUCAUUCUGAGACUCAUGGAACCAGUGGCAAUUCUAUGCUUGGGUUCGAUGCUACUCCGGCAAGAUAUCAAUUGCGGUCGAUUGUGUGUCACAAGGGCUCCUCUGUACAUGCUGGGCAUUAUGUUGCAAUUGUGCGAAAGACACUUCCGGGAAUGGAAGGUUAUUCAUGGGUCAUGUUUAAUGAUGAAAAGGUCGUUCACAUGGAUGAUAUACAGGAGAUGAAGAAGUUUGCCUAUUUGUACAUAUUCACUCGAGUUUGAGUGCGUUGUAUAUGCUAGGCACAUGAAGUGACCGGACAUUUAUAGCUGCUGCGGUAAUUCCAGAUACCUGCACCACCGUCACAUCAAACAGUUGAAAUGGCUGUUCAACACAAGAAAUGAGGUUGUAUUGGUGCUAACUACAUUAGAACUAGAGUGGCAAACAGCCAGGUCAGGUCACGUUAAUAGGGAAAUUUAUACCUUCUGUCAG